AUGAUAUACUUUUUUCAGGAGGCCCGAACAAACGAAGAAAUAAAGAAAUGGUUCAUCCAACUAGCCGUAAAAUGCAGCAAGGAUCCAUUUGCAGGCGGCGAGUUUCCACAAAUGAAAAACAAUCGUAAAAUACCUGAGUCCACAAAAGCUAAGUGCAUAGCGGCUUGCAUUUUCAAAACAAUUGAAUGGCUUGACGAUAAAGGUAUGUUCGACGCAGAGAAAGCAUACAAGCUGGCUGCAAAAGAUUAUGCUAACGAUCAAGUCAAGCUAGGCAAAGCAAAGGAGUUGUAUGAACUGUGCAGGAAAGUAAAUACACAGACGAUUGGCGAUGGUGAACUUGGUUGUGAGAGGUCAAAUCUCUUAGCUAUGUGCCUCAGCGAAAAUGGUCCCAAGGUAAAUAAUAAGUUUCAU